AUGCGCGCAACAUCUCGCCUCCUUGCAGGCCUGGCUCUGUUCUCUGGCGCGUGGGCCAAAGUAAAGUAUAUCGGUGUUGCUAUUCCCGGUAUUGAUUUUGGCUGUGAUAUCGAUGGCAGCUGUCCACUUGACACAGCACAGUUCCCUCUCGCCUCUCAUACACAUGGAGAUGGUGAAGGGCAGAUGAAACAUUUUGUUAAAGACAGUGGCCUCAACACUUUUCGUCUUCCAACAACAUGGCAGUUCCUCCUCAACGAACAAGUAGGCGGCAAGCUAGACGAAGAAAAAUUCGGACAAUACGACCAACUAAUGCAAAUAUGCCUUGACACCGGCGCCUACUGCAUGAUUGACGUGCACAACUUUGCACGCUACGACGGUGGAAUCAUCGGCCAGGGCGGCCCCUCAGACGAGGCCUUUGCCGAUCUCUGGAGUCAACUCGCCCAAAAGUACGCCAAGGAGGAAAAGGUCAUGUUUGGUCUCAUGAACGAACCUCACGAUCUGGAUGUUAAUCUCUGGGCAAAGAGUUGCCAGGCGGCCGUCACGAGUAUUCGAAAGGCUGGAGCAAAGUCGCAGUUGAUUCUUCUGCCCGGAACGAACUUUACGAAUGUCGAGACGUUUAUUACGACCGGGAGCGCAGAUGCUUUGGCUGCUAUCAAGAAUCCUGAUGGUAGCAAGGAUGGGUUGAUUAUAGAUCUUCACAAGUAUCUGGAUAUCAACAACUCUGGAUCGUUUGAGGAGUGCACGACCGAUAACGUUGAGGCUUUCAAGGCCAUGGCGGAUUGGCUAAGGGAGAACAAGCGCGUGGCUAUCAUCUCAGAGUCUGGAGCGUCCAUGGAUCCUUCGUGUAUGGAAAAGUUCUGCGCCCAGAACGAGUUCAUCGCAAAGAACUCUGACGUCUACAUCGGCUUCGUUGGUUGGGGCGCUGGCAGUUUCAAAUACGACUAUGUCCUGACUUUAACACCGAUAAAAUCUGGAGAUGGAUACGAGGACAACAAGUUGAUGAAGCAGUGUAUUCUUGACCCUUUCAUCAAGAACGCCCCUUCAGUAACCAAGACUUCGACCUCGACCAGGACAACCAUGGUCAAGACGACUUCAACUAAGCCCCCUAAAAGCACAGAAACUGAGACCGAAACUUCCAAAACGGAAUCAACAGACUCUUCAUCCACAACCACCGAAGAAGCAUCGUCCUCUUCUACAGCGCAAAUAUUCAAGGAGGGUGAUGGAAAAGAAGCAGACAAGGAGGCGUCGACAAGCAAGCCAGAGGAAGAUGAUGACUCUGGCGCCUCAAGGACCAGGGAGAUGUUUACAGGCGGAGUAAUAGGCUUGGCGGUUUUUGCGGCGUUUCAUGCAUGGUGA